CGUUGUAGGUGGUGUACAAGUAAUCAUCACAAAAGGUAGCCAACCUCAACUACUGCACUGCACCCAGCUCUCUCCCGCACGCAGUCAGUCAGGCAUGGCCACCGCAAGCGCCUCCAGAACGGAGCCUCUGCGACACUUCGUCCGCGCCAACUUUUCGCCAGCAUUUCUCUACCCGCUCAAGGGCAUCUGGUAUUUCGCCACUCACCGCUACCUCCAUACCCUCCUACAGAGUCGAUUGAUCCCGCUGACUCUCCUGUCCACCUGUGUCCUGGCGAUCCUCUUUCUGACCGCGUAUCUACCGCUCGUGGCAUUCCUGGCCUUGUUUCAUACGCGUGGAUCUGCCUGGGUCAAUGCCACCUUCUUCCUCCUCGGUGUCGGCGCUGUGAUCAUACAGCUGCUGUUCGAGGGCAUGCUGGUGGACCACACGCAAGUUGACGUCUAUGACGCUGUACUGGUCGGCGAAGGAUACGAGCACCUAGUCAAGAACCGGCGGACUGUAUCAGACGACAUCAACGAAAGCGACCCGUACAAGCGACUGGGAACUCGCGACAAAGGCGCCGCAUUCUCUCCAUUCUCUGUGCGCCAGAUCAUAGAACUGCUCUUUCUCCUUCCACUCAACUUGGUGCCGUUUGCUGGCGUCCCCUUGUUUCUCGUUCUCACAGGCUACAGAGCAGGUCCAUUACUCAACUGGAGAUACUUUCAGCUCAAGCGGUUCGACAGCAAGCAGCGCAAACAAUUCAUCAAAACAAAGGCACGGAGAUGGGAAUAUAUGUGGUACGGCACGGUUCACAUCACUUUGCAGCUCAUCCCAGUCUUGGCCAUGCUGUUUCUGUUGACCACUGCCGCUGGUAGCGCUUUGUGGAGCGUACAAUUGGAACAAAGGUUGCAGCAGAGCCAGCUUGUGCAGCAAUCAGAGGAAGAUGACGAGCCGCCAGCUUACACCGAUGAGCCCUAGAAUAGGUAGUUAUAGUGCCACAAUACCAU